CAUUAUUCUCUCUUUCUACAUUCCAUAAUUCUCUUUUCUUUUUUUUUCCCAUUCUGCUUUUUUUCUUCUCCCAAGACCCCAUGGCUGGGAAGCAUGGAGAAGUCAUGUGGCCAAGAUUAGUUGCUAAUAAGAUUUUGAAGAAGAGAUUGGGAAGCAAUAACUUUGUGGCCGAUAUUCCAAGUAACAAUAAUAAUUCAGAGGCUUUGCUUGAAAUUCCACUCUUUGCUCAAUCUUCUUCUGUCCCAAAUGCCUUCUAUAAACCUCCAACCCAAAAUUACAAGGUUUUUGUUAGUACAUGGAAUGUUGGAGGAGUUGCACCAAAUGAUGAUUUGGACAUGGAGGAUUUAGUGGAUAUUUCUUGUGACAUCUAUGUUUUUGGUUUCCAAGAAAUUGUGCCGUUGAAAGCCUCAAAUGUGUUUGGAUCAGAGAAUAGAAAAAUAUGUUCAAAAUGGAAUUCAAUGAUAAGAGAAGCAUUGAAGAAGAAAGUGAAACAAAACUUCAAGUGUAUAAUAAGCAAACAAAUGGUUGGAAUAAUGAUAUCAAUAUGGGUUCGAAGUGAUCUUCAUCCAUUCAUUCGAAGUCCAAGUGUCUCUUGCAUUGGUUGUGGCAUUAUGAGCUGCCUUGGCAACAAGGGAUCAGUAUCAGUUAGAUUUCGAUUGCAUGAAACAAGCUUCUGUUUUGUAUGCACUCAUUUGGCAUCCGGUGGUAAAGAAGGUGAUGAAAAGAAUAGAAAUCAAAAUGUUUCUGACAUUUUAUGUCGCACUACCUUUCCUAAAGGCCCUUCUCUUGAUUUGCCUAAAAAAAUUCUCCAACAUGACCGAGUGGUAUUGCUUGGGGACUUGAAUUAUAGAGUUUCUCUACCAGAAGAAACUACGAGAGUGUUGGUUGAAAGAAAGGAUUGGGACACUUUAUUACAAAAUGAUCAGCUAAAGAUGGAGAUGAUGGAUGGUGAAGUAUUGGAAGGAUGGGAAGAAGGGAACAUAAAAUUUGGGCCAACCUACAAAUAUUAUAGAAACUCAGAGGCUUAUUAUGGAAGUUUGCAUGGCCUUAAAUCUGAAAAAAGGAGAGCUCCUGCUUGGUGUGACCGAAUUUUAUGGAACGGCAAGGGACUAAAACAAAUAUCAUACAAUCGAGGGGAAUCAAAACUAUCAGAUCAUAGACCUGUAAUGGCUGUUUUUACGGCAGAAGUUGAUACCUUAACAAGCUUGAAAACUUUACGUAGUUACUUUUUAUCAAACAGAUUUGAACAACUAAAUAAUUCUACUACUCCAUUUGUCGAGGACCAAGAAGAGGACGAGUACGAAGACGAAGAGAUGUUUUCUACUGUUAAUUUCAUAUGUAAGAAUAAAUCAACCUUUCAAGACCAUCUUAAAUGACGUUUAAUUGAAAAAGGAAGAGAUGUUCAAUUAUUAAAUAUUGUGUACUGUGUAACAUAUAUGAUAGACGUACAAAAAUUAGGUUAGAUUUAGAUAUUAUAUUUCUUGAGGUUGAAUCGAUUGUAUAUUUUUUGGUUAGUUUUUUCUUUUAUUUAUAGCUUUUUUGAGCUCUUUCUACACUGCCCCUUUUUAUAUAAAGAUGGACUUGAACUUGCGAAUCAAUGCUUCUUAAUUUUGUGUU